UCAGCGAAUGAAGUUGCAUUUUUGCUAAGAACGGACCUAACCUCCAAUUUAGUUUCCGUCAAUUUUUUCAUUCAUUGAACGGAGUACGAUUACUUUUUAACAUUUAGAAAAAUUUAACAAAUAUAAAGAUGCCUGAUCAUUUGGGAGAAGAUAUGCGAAAAGUAAAAAGUGAGGAGGGAAAGGAAGAAAAGGAAAUAAAAUCUCUCGAUGAAGGAGACAUUGCUCUACUUAAAACCUAUGGACAAGGACAAUAUACAAAAAGUAUUAAAACUGUUGAAGAAGAUAUACAAACAAUAAUUAAACGUGUUAAUGAAUUAACUGGAAUCAAAGAAUCUGAUACAGGACUUGCACCACCUGCCCUAUGGGAUUUAGCUGCAGAUAAACAAACUUUACAAAAUGAACAACCGUUACAAGUUGCACGGUGCACUAAAAUAAUCAAUGCAAAUUCUGAUGAUCCUAAAUAUAUUAUAAAUGUAAAACAAUUUGCGAAGUUUGUAGUUGAUUUAGCAGAUUCCGUUGCUCCUACUGACAUUGAAGAAGGAAUGCGAGUAGGAGUGGAUCGUAAUAAAUAUCAAAUUCAUAUUCCACUUCCACCAAAAAUUGAUCCAACUGUAACAAUGAUGCAAGUUGAAGAGAAACCUGAUGUCACAUACAGUGAUGUUGGUGGUUGUAAAGAACAAAUUGAAAAACUGAGAGAAGUAGUUGAGACACCUUUAUUACAUCCAGAAAAAUUUGUUAAUCUGGGAAUUGAACCACCUAAAGGAGUGUUACUAUUUGGUCCACCAGGUACAGGCAAAACUUUAUGUGCUAGAGCUGUAGCUAAUAGAACCGAUGCUUGUUUUAUUCGUGUUAUUGGUUCUGAAUUGGUUCAAAAGUAUGUUGGUGAGGGUGCUCGUAUGGUAAGAGAAUUGUUUGAAAUGGCACGUAGUAAAAAGGCAUGUUUGAUAUUCUUCGAUGAAAUUGAUGCAAUUGGUGGAGCUCGAUUUGAUGAUGGAGCUGGCGGUGACAAUGAAGUACAACGUACUAUGCUAGAACUGAUUAAUCAAUUAGAUGGCUUUGAUCCACGAGGUAACAUUAAAGUAUUAAUGGCAACAAAUAGACCAGAUACACUAGAUCCAGCAUUAAUGCGACCAGGACGUUUAGAUAGAAAAGUAGAAUUUGGAUUACCAGAUUUAGAAGGACGAACACAUAUUUUUAAAAUUCAUGCACGUUCAAUGAGUGUUGAAAGAGAUAUCAGAUUUGAACUUCUCGCGCGUUUAUGUCCUAACAGUACUGGAGCUGAAAUUCGGUCUGUUUGUACAGAAGCUGGUAUGUUUGCGAUUCGUGCGCGUCGCAAGGUAGCUACUGAAAAAGACUUUUUGGAAGCUGUAAACAAAGUGAUUAAAUCUUACGCUAAAUUCUCUGCAACUCCCAAAUAUAUGACUUAUAAUUAAUUUUAUGAUGUACAUUAUUCUUGUUUGUUCUGAAUUAUAUGAAUAUUACAAUAUUAUUGAUUAUAAUAUCUAAAUUAAUUCUCAAUUAAAAUAAACAAUAAAUUGCAA